GGAAGAAGUUGGAAGAAAGUAAAGACGACGACUCUGAACACUGCAACCCCCGAGUUCCACCGUUCCAAAAAGUUUGAUUCUCGUAUCACUUCCAAUGGCUUCUUCCUCAACAUCUGCUUUCUAGAGCCCUAAAGCUAUUGGGACUCGAAAUGAGAAGAUGGAUCAACCGCAGCGAGCAUUAUCGGCUUCAGCAGUCUCCACUUCCCGCGCUUACCAGUUUCACCCUGCUCGAGCUGCCAUUGUUAAUCUCUUCGACCUCUACUUAGGAAGAAGUAACCGUCCAAAGCCUGAAGAUUCGUCUCGAGAACCUCCGAACAAGGCUCAAAAGCGUGUACUAGCUAUUAACAGAGAGCUUCCUCCUCGAAAUGAGCAAUUCCUUUUAGAUUUUGAGCAAGUUCAGAAUCAAUUUGCAGACCAUGAUCAAUUGCGUGCUGUGACUGAGUCAGUUCUCAUCUCCCUAGUGGUGCAGUGCAGUGGUCAUGUACCAAGGGCAGAAUUUCUCCUCUUUUCUUUACGAAGUUUAUGCAGUAUAUGUUACAUCAAUUGGGACACCUUUUUGCCAUCCCUUCUUUCUUCAGUCUCAUCUGCAGAAGUUUCUGUGGGCCAGGGAACCCAAGCCACGCCUACUGUCUCAUCAACGAAUUUGUCACAGUCUGCGGUGCUUCCAGUCUCAAACCCAGUCCCUAAUAGUUCUACUUUUCAGUCUUCCAAUCCUGCCUCUCCAUUACCAUCAGUUCAUGGAAUCAGUUCACCUGCUCAAUCAAGUAUUGAUCCAUCUUCUUGCACAGCAUUAUCACCAAUCAAAUCCUCUGAUCUUUCUGGGGCAGGAUUGCAGUCUGCAGUUAGGAUCAAUUCAUUUUUUAGAAAUAAUGCAAUAAGUAGUCUACGUCAGCUUUGUUGCAAGAUUAUCUUAAGUGGUCUUGAAUUUAAUUUGAAACCAGCGACCCAUGCUGAUAUAUUUUCCCAUAUGCUGAAUUGGAUGGUUAAUUGGGAUCAGCGGCAACAAGGGAUUGAGGAAUCUGAGCAUAUGAAUUCCUGGAGGCCUGACAAGGCUCUCAUUGAAUGGCUACAUAGCUGUUUGGAUGUGGUCUGGCUUUUAGUUGAAGAGAACAAAUGCCGAGUGCCCUUCUAUGAAUUACUACGCAGUGGCUUGCAAUUUAUAGAUAACAUUCCUGACGAUGAAGCGUUGUUUACACUCAUCUUGGAGAUCCAUAGGAGGCGAGAUAUGAUGGCAAUGCAUAUGCAGAUGUUAGAUCAACACCUUCAUUGCCCUACAUUUGGGACUCAACGUAUUUUUUCUCAAACAAUGCACAACAUAUCUGGUGAAGCAGUAGCAAGCUUGCGCUAUUCACCAAUAACAUAUCCAAGUGUACUGGGUGAACCAUUGCAUGGGGAGGAUGUUGCAUCUACUAUUCAGAGAGGCACUCGAGAUUGGGAAAGAGCUAUGCGUUGUAUAAGGCAUGCUCUUCGUACAACUCCAUCACCUGACUGGUGGAAGCGUGUGCUUCUUGUGGCUCCUUGCUAUAGGUCUCCUUCUCAAGGGCCCACUCCUGGUGCUGUUUUUACAUCUGAGAUGAUAUGUGAGGCGACAAUUGACAGAAUCUUUGAGCUAUUGAAGUUGACGAAUUCAGAGAUACAUUGCUGGCAGGAGUGGCUUGUCUUCUCAGAUAUAUUCUAUUUUCUUAUGAAAAGUGGAUGUAUUGAUUUUGUGGACUUUGUGGCCAAGCUGUUCUCGCGUGUAGCAGAGGGAGGUCACCAUGUUUUGAGGACAAAUCAUGUCACUUGGCUGUUUGCACAAAUCAUUCGGGUUGAAAUUGUGAUAACUGCUUUGAAUUCAGAUGCAAGGAAGGUGGAGACGACAAGAAAACUAUUAUCUUUUCAUAGAGAAGAUAAAAGCGCUGAUCCAAAUAAUCCUCAAAGCAUCCUGCUUGAUUUUAUUAGUAGUUGUCAAAACUUGCGUAUUUGGUCGUUGAACACAAUAACAAGAGAAUAUUUGAAUAAUGAGCAGCUGCAGAAAGGAAAACAAAUAGAUGAAUGGUGGAGGCAAGCAAGUAAAGGUGAUCGCAUGAUGGAUUAUAUGAACAUGGAUGACAGAUCAAUUGGAAUGUUUUGGGUUGUCUCAUACACCAUGGCGCAGCCAGCAUGUGAAACUGUGAUGAAUUGGUUAUCUUCUGCUGGGGUUCCAGAACUAUCAUCAGCACAAAAUUUGCAGACCAAUGAGAGGAUGAUGGCUAUGCGAGAAGUGAGCCCACUGCCGAUGUCUUUAUUAUCAGGUUUCUCAAUGAACUUGUGCUCGAAGCUGGCCCAUCAAAUGGAAGAAUCUUUAUUUUCUGGACAGGUUGUUCCCAGUAUUGCAUUGGCUGAAACGUAUUGUAGAUUGCUUCUUCUUGCACCACACUCAUUGUUUCGUUCUCAUUUUAGUCAUUUAGCACAAAGAAAUCCUUCUCUAUUGAGCAAACCCGGUGUUACACUUUUAGUGCUUGAAAUUCUGAACUACCGGUUACUUCCUCUUUACAGGUACCAAGGCAAGAGUAAGGCAUUGAUGUAUGAUGUGACAAAAAUAAUUUCUGCACUUAAAGGAAAGCGUGGAGACCAUCGUGUAUUUAGAUUGGCUGAAAACUUGUGCAUGAAUCUUAUUUUUACAUUAAGAGAUUUUUUCUUUGUGAAAAGGGAAGGGAAGGGUCCAACUGAAUUUACCGAGACACUAAAUCGAUUAGCUGUGGUCACUCUUGCUAUCCUUAUAAAAACACGUGGAAUAGCUGAUGCUGAUCACUUGCUGUAUCUUCAGACAAUGUUAGAACAGACAAUGGCCACCAGCCAACAUACUUGGUCAGAAAAAACUCUGCGGUAUUUCCCGUCUGUUCUUCGCGAGGCAUUGAUUGGGAGAAUAGAUAAGAGAGGUGUAGCUAUUCAAGCAUGGCAGCAGGCAGAAACUACUGUGAUUAACCAAUGCAACCAACUUCUUUCCCCAUCAGCCGAUCCUACAUAUGUCAUGACGUACAUAAGUCAUAGUUUUCCGCAGCAUAAACAGUAUCUAUGUGCUGGUGCAUGGAUACUUAUGCAAGGACACCCUGAAAAUAUUAACUGCACGACCUUGGCACGUGUAUUGAGAGAAUUUUCACCGGAAGAGGUAACAGCUAAUAUUUACACAAUGGUGGAUGUGCUGCUUCAUCACAUUCAAAUUGAACCUCAGCAUGGACAUUCCACACAGGAUAUUUUGCCUAAAGUUUGCACGAAUCUUUCAUUCUUCGUUUGGACUCAAGAAUUACUUCCUCUUGACAUUCUGCUCCUAGCUUUCAUUGACCGUGAUGAUGAUCCCAAUGCUCUACGCAUAGUGAUGAGUCUACUUGAUAGACAAGAGCUUCAACAGCGAGUGAAACUAUAUCGUAUCAGUCGGGGCUCCCCUGAACACUGGCUUCACUCUGUAGUGUUCAAAAGAAAUGAUUUACAAAAGGCUCUUGGGAAUCAUCUUUCAUGGAAGGACAGGUAUCCCGUAUUUUUUGACGAUAUUGCAGCCCGAUUGCUUCCAGUAAUUCCACUGAUAGUUUAUAGACUUAUUGAAAAUGAUGCCGUAGAUCAAGCUGACAGAGUACUGGCCAUGUAUUCUCCAUUUUUGGCCUAUCACCCUCUUAGAUUUACGUUUGUCCGUGAUAUACUUGCAUACUUCUAUGGCCACCUACCUAACAAGCUCAUUGUUCGGAUUUUGUAUGUACUUGAUAUCAGCAAGAUUCCAUUUUCUGAGUCAUUCCCUCAACACAUUGGGUCAACUGGUUCUGUCAUGUGCCCACCUAUGGAUUACUUUGCUACCCUCUUGUUGGGGCUAGUAAAUAAUGUUAUACCUUCGUUACAGACAUUAAAAUUGGGAACGGCAAGUGAUAAUUCAAGUAAUUCAAUGCGUCCAUCACACAACAAAGCCCCUGGAACAACUCCACCGGGGGCAACAACCGCUCCCGAGAGCCAGAAAGCAUUUUAUCAAAUUCAGGACCCUGGCACAUAUACUCAGCUUGUUCUUGAAACAGCAGUCAUAGAAUUACUUUCUCUCCCAGUCUCAGCUGGUCAGAUUGUGUCAUCGCUGGUUCAAAUUGUUGUCAAUAUACAACCAACACUAAUUCAAUCAAGCAACAACAUACAUGGAGGUCCAAAUAGCAUGGGUCAAGGAUCAGCAUUACCAACAUCUCCCUCCGGAGGAAGCACAGACUCCUUGAAUGCCGGAAGAUCGAAUACCUCAGUAUCUGGAAUAAAUACUCCAAACUUUGUUUCACGAAGUGGGUAUACAUGCCAACAGCUUUCGAGCCUGAUGAUCCAAGCAUGUGGUCUUCUACUGGCGCAGCUUCCCCAAGAAUUUCAUGUUCAACUUUAUCUUGAGGCGUCACGCAUUAUAAAAGAAACUUGGUGGUUGUCUGACACUACAAGAUCCUUAGGAGAACUAAACUCUGCUGUUGGUUAUUCUUUGAUGGAUCCAACAUGGGCGGCACAAGACAAUACCUCAACGGUUAUUGGUAACACGGUUGCACUUCUUCACUCUUUAUUCAGUAAUCUCCCACAGGAAUGGCUGGAAGGGGCCCAUGUAAUUAUCAAGGAUCUCAGGCCCAUCACAUCGGUGGCAAUGCUGAGAAUAGUAUUCCGGAUUACGGGUCCACUGCUCCCCAAACUUGCAAAUGCUCAUAGCCUAUUCUGCAAGACUCUUUCCUCACUUUUGAGUAUAAUGGUGGAUGUAUUUGGGAAGAACUCACAAGCAUCGGUACCAGUUGAAGCCGCAGAAAUAGAAGACCUCAUUGAUUUUCUCCACCAUGUUAUCCAUUAUGAAGGGCAGGGAGGGCCCGUUCUAGCUAACAGCAAGCCCCGACAAGAAGUUUUGGCUAUUGUAGGAAGAGCUUUGGAAAAUUUGCGUCCAGAUGUGCAACACCUCCUUUCCCACUUGAAGCCUGACACCAGUUCUUCUAUCUAUGCUGCAGCGCAUCCAAAGCUGGUUCAAAAUCCAGCUUGACCAUAGGCUAAACUGGAGUUUCUUAUAAAAUUGUUGGUUUGGUUAAUUGUCAUAUAUUGAUUAUUUAGUUGGUCUGCAACUGAUUUAGUUUGUGCAAGUGGCUUCUAUUAAGCUUCUUACUAGUUGUAGAUUAAUAGGUUAUUUUACCAGCCCAGUUUAGGUAAAAAAUAGAUUGAGAUGUACAUUAAACUGAAAUUAGUGGAAAUAACACUUCCACAUGAGUUGUGGAAGUUUUCAUGGUAUCA